AUGGCCAGCCCUGCCCAGACGGACACUGCCCAGAUGUUGCCCGCCGACCCGCCCACAAGGCCUUGCCUCCGUCCCCGGCGCUGCCCCCGGCCCGGCCCCCCCUGCGCUCCGCGGGCAUCCUCGGUCCCCGGCCCGCCCCCCAGGCCUCCGUCCCCGCCCGUGUCCCCCGCGCCCCGCGCCCCGCGCCCCGCGCGCAUCCUCCUCCUCGGCCCCGGCGCCCCGCGCGCAUCCUCCGGCCGCCGCGCCCCCCAGGCCUGCGUCCCCGCCCGCCCGCCGCCCCCAGCCCUCGCCUCGGCCGCCCGGGCACAGCCCACCCGUCCGCUCCUCCCGCCUGGACGUCCCCGAAGCCCCCGCCCCCCCCCCCGUCGGGACGCCCCGUCCGGUUCCCAGGCCUGCGCGCCCCGCAAGGUGCUCCGGGAGGUGCGGGCGGGGCAGCGCGGGCACAGCCGCGGGGCGAGCUCAAGUUUUCCGACGGGCACGGACCGGCGCGGGGCAGCCCGGGGGGCGCAGGGGGCGGCCGGGCUGGAGCCUCGGGGCAAGGGGCGGCGGGGACCCCGAGAUCCGCGCGGGGCAGCCCGGGGGGCGCAGGGGGCGGCCGGGCUGGAGCCUCGGGGCAAGGGGGGGCGGGGACCCCCAGAUCCGCGCGGGGCAGCCCGUGGGGCGCAGGUGGUGGCGCGGCUGCAGCUCCGGGGCGCGGGGGGCGCGGGGGGCCCCGCCGGCUCCCGGGAGGCACCGGUGUCCCGGACCCCCGGGGGUCCCGGCCGCGGCGGCGGCGGCGGCGGCGGCGGCGGCGGCGAAGGCGGCUCCCGCGUCCUCGCGCAACUCGGGGGCCCCCCGGCCAACUUUCCCCCGGCCCGCGGCGCCCGCCCGUCGCCUACCUCGGGGCCCACUCGCAGCCCGCGGGUCCCCGGCGGGGUCACAUCGUCGCCCGGCUCCUGGCCCCCGCGCGCAGCCCCGGUCCCCGUGGGCCCCGCCGGCCGCCGGCCCCCCAGCAGCGCUCGCGGCCGCCGUGCGGGCGUCUCAUCCACACGCCGGCGGCCGCGCAGGGAGGCGGGGAGGCGGGGAGGCGGGGAGGCGGCCGGAGCCGCAGGUAGCGAGACCCACCUUGGCCGCCGCUGCUCGUCCACGCGGGCAUCAAGGCGGCCGCCCGCGGAGGCUCCGGCCGCCAAGUCGCGGCCGCCGCGGCCCGUCUCCGGCUCCCUUCCUCGCCACCAGCGUGGUGGCUGGUGCCUGCCCCCACCUGCCAUUGAAAUCCAGGGCAUGAGCGAAGGAGGCAUGACAGCUGGCCAUGUUCACGCGAGGUGCAGCGUCACCGGAGUUCCCGCUUACCUUCAAACCCCCGGGAAAGCUCCUCGAAUCCCCGGCGAUGCCUGGGCCUUGCUUGGUCACUGGCUGGGCCUGCAGCACCGAGCACGUUCUCCGCUCUACUAUUUUGGUGGCUGCUGGAUGUCUGAUGGUCCCGAGGGCCACACCGCCAGUGACGAGGACACAGGACCAGGCGGUAGCGCCACGUGGAAGGGGGAAGCUCUUCAGGCCCACGCGGUUCGGCGGAUGCUGGAGCAGAAGAGCACGGGCAACGGCUCGGUUUUCCCGUCUGUAACACGGGGGCUCACCAAACCCAAGCCCUUCGGGGACGACAUGCUAAGCGUCGGUUUUCAGCAGAAGAUGAGGUGGGAGGAGGAGGGAGCCCUGGACCCCCCUGGCUCCCCGUGCACGAGCCCGGAUGCGCAGGCCUGGGGGUCCCAGGGGAGCCCGGCUCAGGGGCCGGUGAGGAGCCGCCUUGUGGGGGUGGAUGUGCUGAUGGGGGAGGUGAGAGACUCCAUCGAUGCGGCAAACUUCCCCUUGUCUUAUUUUCUGCACCCACCACCCUCAGCCACCGGCACCCCAACCAGCCAGCAGCCAUCACCACUGGGCGAGACCCUCCACCCGCACAAAGGUCACGACCCUCGGAAAGCUCCGGUGAUGCCCGCGCGGGGCUUGGUGCAAGGCCGGGGCUGGGCGGCCGUGGCCCCUGGAGACCCUGCUGCAGCCCGCGUGCAUCCGGGCGCCCCGACUCGGGGCCUGCGCCCACGCUCCCUUCCCGAGCUGCGUCCGCCGGGUCCUUAA